AUGGGCAAAUCUCAGAGCAAGCUGUCACCGGAGCAACUUGCCGAUCUGCAGAAGAACACCUAUUUUGACAAGCGAGAGCUUCAGCAAUGGUAUAAAGGCUUUCUCAAGGAUUGUCCAUCGGGCCAGUUGGACAAGACUGAAUUCAGUCGUAUAUAUAAACAAUUCUUCCCAUUCGGGGAUCCUGGAGACUUUGCAGACUACGUCUUCAACGUCUUUGACGAGAACAAAAAUGGUACUAUUGACUUCAAAGAGUUCAUCUGCGCUCUUAGCGUCACGAGUCGCGGACGAUUAGAUGAGAAGCUCAAGUGGGCGUUUCAGUUGUACGAUAUAGACAAAGACGGUUACAUCACCUAUGAUGAGAUGUUACAAAUCGUAUCCUCCAUAUACAAGAUGACUGGACAGAUGGUCAAGCUCCCAGCUGAUGAGGAUACACCUGAAAAGCGAGUGGAUAAGAUCUUCAGAAAUAUGGACCGAGACAAGGACGCAAAGCUCACGUACGAUGAAUUCGUCGAAGGCAGUAAGCAAGACCCGACCAUCGUCCAGGCAUUGUCGCUAUACGAUGGUCUUGUAUAA